AUGGCUGCGCUCUGCGCUGCGCCGCGCGCUGAGCGCAGCCCGACCAGCGCGUGUCCCCACGCCGCGUGGGCUGUCAGACAGCUGGUACCUGUUUACCUCCUGCUGCCGGCUGUUCACCUGGUAGGUGGCGCGCCUCGCGGCCGCCUCUCUGCCGCCGUCCGCCGGCCCCAGCCGCUAUCGACCUUCCCGGGGGCGGGACACAGGCCGCCCGUGGACCGACGGAUGCGUGACGUGACGUGGCCCUGCCGCUCGCGUCCUCCUCCAGUCCCUUCUGUGGAAGCGGCAACGGCCGCUCCACCACCUUCGUCCUCUUGCCUGCCUCUUCUCCAACUGCAAUUAGCGCGUGCGACUCGCGCGCUCCACGCCAGCUUCCUGCCGCCACCAGGGCAGCAGCCACCACUAGGAGGUAACCCGCCGUGGCGGGCACGCGCGCAGUUCCAGCAGCCGCGCCACCUCCUAGCGGCGGCUGUCCACCUGGCCGCCGAAGGCUGCCGGCGGCGGCGCCACGCGCCCGGCCCCAAGGACGUCGCCCCGCCCCCGGACGGCGGCCUCCGCGCCGCCACGCCGCUGCCAUUGGCCGCCCCAGAUAACCGACACGCCGCACCGGCCGCCAGGCCAACCGCCGCUCCACGCCGCAGGCCCGCUGCCUCCGCGCGCGGCAACCGUUGGCGCCGACGGACCGAAGCCACCACACAGUGCCGCGCCUGUCUGCACGUUCUCCCUCCUCCCUCGUCCUCCAUUAACAGAAAUUAUGGGGAAAUGGAUCCCUGCAGUUUAUGA